AUGGUUGCACCUAACAUCAAGAACAACAUUCAAGCUAUGCAACAAAUGGUUUAUGCUUUAUGUUUCUCUUCAGAGACUAAAAAUCCUGAUGGAGUGUUGAUGGAUGAAGAGGAUAUCUUUGUGAUAUGUCGUUUGAAUGAUGGAACUUUGUAUCUGUAUGAACAGUUGAAGUCUAAUUUCGUUCCAGACCUUUGUUUUCUCUUCGGAACGCUGCUUGGUUUGGCUAAUCGGACCCCAUGUAAUGAAAAAAUUGUUAAAGACGUUGAUAUAGCCCUCCCUGUUAGAUAUUUGUUAACCAUUGAACCGCUUCUUAAAAAACUUGGAAAGAAAGGGGUCAAUGCCAUGUACAAUAAGGCAGUCAGACGUAGAUAUCAUGAGCUAAACGAGAAAGAAGAACAAUCUCGGUAG